AUGGAUGCCUCUUCACCUUUGGCGGCCAUGCGCCCCACCCCAACUCCGGCUUGGGGACAACAGUCUCGUCAUUAUUUGCCUUCCCGGAACCCUUUCGGAUCCGGUAAUAUUGCUAUUCGCGAGCAGCUACAUCGGUCUAACCCUGAUUAUUUCAACUCGACAAUCCGAGGUUCUUCUCCCGCUGCUAGUCUCGCAGCAGAUCUUUCGCAAAACUUCCGAAUUGAUAGCGAGGAUAGUCCCCGAUUCCCGACUCCGCGUCGUGCACUUUUUACAUCAAAUAUGAUGGAAGCCAUCGAGAAUCGGGGUUACGUUACGACUCCACCGCUACCAGUCACCUCCUCUCCUUUGGGAGGAUAUGAUGCUAUGGAUAUCUCGCCCUUACCUAAUAAGGAGCCAUUCUUCAGCUCAUUUGAGGUUGCCUCACCUACGCCUCAGGGGACGCCUGGGGAUGAUGUGAUGAUGGAGUCGCCCAUACCCGUGACUCGGCAAUCUUCUAUGGGCUUGGAGCCGUCGAAGGUGUUGUUUGAAGGCACAGUAGCCGAAAGCGAGGAGGAUUACGCCGACCCUCUUUAUCUCGAACUAAGGGCCACACUACCAGCGCUCUUCUCUCUACGAAGUUGCAUCCAGAAAACCAAGUUUCUACUUUUCGCUUUGGGCCCCAAUCGGCAACAAUGUCUCCUGGCGACUGUUUCGACGACUCUCCCCUUCAAGAUCGGAGACCCUCUACGGCGCAUAGCCCUACCCCUGGCAAUGCUGGCUGUGCUCGGUCCAAGGCUCAGUUCGCAACACUUAACGGGGCUCGAGAUAUUCGCACAGGCUCAGGUUCCCCUAUUCCUAGUCACGUUCGUCGGGUGUCAAAUCCAUUUGCACGACCUCGUCGGCAAUGGAAAAUUCAACGAUGUUUACACGCAGAAGAUGGUAAUCGACUGUCGAUUCGAAUAUGAGUAUGAAGGAGGUCAUAUUGACGCUGCUAUCAACUACAAUGACAAGGAACUCCUUGCGAAGCACCUCUUCGAGAAUCCAAUGCAUGGAAAAACAUUGUUAAUUUUCCACUGCGAAUAUUCUGCUUGCCGUGCACCAAUGAUGGCCCGCCACAUCCGGGCAUCGGACCGCAUGGUCAACGCUGAGUACUAUCCGAGACUUACGUACCCAGAGGUCUAUAUCCUCGAAGGGGGAUACAGCGAGUUCUUCAUUGAGAAUCGCGAACGAUGCUACCCGCAAGCCUACGUCGAGAUGGGUGCUGAGGAGCAUGCUAGAACUUGCGAGCGCGAAUUGGGCAAGUUGCAACAGAAGCGAAAAGGUCUGGGUAGAGCCAAGACCUUUGCUUUUGGGCAUCGAGAGUCAAUGGUUGAAGCUUCUCCUACUGCCCCUGAGAGACGCUAUGAACACCCUUCGCCGGUCAUGAUGAUUGGCAACUCACCGAUCCUUGGCAACAACCGAUCGCCUGCCCGUCGCAUGGCAUCCUUUUAA